AUGUUAUAUGUUACGAAUGCGAUUGCAAACAACGGUGGCUACACUGGGAUUACUGAGAAUGAAACAGCUCCUAGGACUUACACAUGGCCUGAUAACAAUAGGCCGAGGGUGUGCAUUUUAGGUGGCGGGUUUGGAGGAUUUUACACGGCUUUGAGAUUAGAAUCGCUUGUGUGGCCUGACGACAAGAAACCUCAGGUGGUUUUGGUUGACCAAUCCGAACGCUUUGUGUUCAAGCCGAUGCUCAUACAGUGUCAGAUUGAUGGGUCGUGGAAGGAGUCAGAUCCAACAUCUGGGUUGGAUAGUUCGGUUAUCAAGGAAGAAGGACAAUGCUUUAAGGGGUAA